CGCCGCGGAGGGCCAGCGUGCGGACUGCGCAGGUGCGCGCCACAAGCGCGGCCUUCUCACCCAAAGCCGGUCUCGCAGCGUGCGGGUGGGACGGCGCCCGCCGGCUUGGCUGCAGGUUAGAACCCGGGGCCGCGCGAGCGGACUCAGGUCUCCGGAGACCUCGCGAGAGGGGCGCGGGCGAGACCCCGCGGGACGGCCGUUGUGAGCGCAGUGUGGCGGUCCUGGCCUGCGCUGGACCGAGCCCGCGGGGUGCGGGCCCGGGGGCCGAGGCCGCGCGCUGCGAAGGCGAGCCGCAACCCCACGCUGUGAGUCCUAAGGCGAGCUCGGCGACCCGGCCGCUCCGUAGGCCACGCCCCAGCCUGGGAAGAUGGAGGGGGACCGGCUGACCAAUCCGCCCACCCGGGGCCUGCUUCCCGAUGGCCACUUGGUCCUAUGGACUCUGUGCUCCGUGCUGCUGCCGGUGUUGAUCACCUUGUGGUGUAGCAUUCAGCGGUCGCGCCGGCAGCUGCACCGCAGGGACAUCUUCCGCAAGAGCAAGCACGGCUGGCGUGACACCGACCUGUUCAGCCACCCCACCUACUGCUGCGUGUGCGCGCAGCACAUCCUGCAGGGAGCCUUCUGCGACUGCUGCGGCCUCCGCGUGGACGAGGGCUGUCUCAAGAAGGCGGACAAGCGCUUCCAGUGCAAGGAGAUCAUGCUCAAGAACGACAGCCAGGCCGCAGAUGCCAUGCCUCACCACUGGAUCCGCGGCAACGUGCCCCUGUGCUCUUCCUGUGUCGUCUGCAAGCAGCAGUGCGGCAGCCAGCCUAAGCUCUGCGAUUACAGGUGUGUUUGGUGCCAGAAAACAGUCCAUGAUGAGUGUAUGAAGAGCAGCUUAAAGAAUGAAAAGUGUGAUUUUGGAGAAUUCAAGAAUCUCAUCAUCCCACCAGGUUAUUUAACCUCCAUUAACCAGAUGCGUAAAGACAAAAAGACUGAUUAUGAAGCGCUAGCUUCUAAGUUUGGAAAGCAGUGGACCCCAUUAAUAAUCCUGGCCAACUCUCGGAGCGGAACCAACAUGGGAGAAGGACUUUUGGGAGAGUUUAGGAUCCUGUUAAAUCCAGUCCAGGUGUUUGAUGUAACUAAGACGCCCCCGAUCAAAGCCCUACAGCUGUGCACGCUUCUUCCUUAUAACUCAGUUCGAGUCCUUGUUUGUGGAGGGGACGGCACUGUGGGCUGGGUCCUCGAUGCAGUUGAUGAAAUGAAGAUUAAGGGACAAGAAAAGUACAUUCCACAGGUUGCAGUCUUACCUCUGGGAACAGGCAACGAUCUGUCCAAUACCCUGGGCUGGGGUACAGGCUAUGCUGGAGAAAUCCCGGUUGCACAGGUCUUAAGGAAUGUAAUGGAAGCAGACGGAGUCAAACUAGACCGAUGGAAAGUGCAGGUAACAAACAAAGGAUACUACAAUUUAAGAAAACCCAAGGAGUUCACAAUGAACAACUACUUCUCUAUUGGACCCGAUGCCCUCAUGGCUCUCAAUUUUCAUGCUCAUCGUGAGAAGGCGCCGUCUCUGUUUUCCAGCAGAAUUCUUAACAAGGCUGUUUAUUUAUUCUAUGGAACUAAAGAUUGUUUAGUGCAAGAAUGUAAAGAUCUGAAUAAAAAAAUUGAGCUAGAACUGGAUGGUGAGCGAGUUGAACUGCCUAACUUGGAAGGUAUUAUUGUCCUGAACAUUGGAUACUGGGGCGGUGGCUGCAGACUGUGGGAAGGAAUGGGAGAUGAGACUUACCCUCUCGCCAGGCAUGAUGAUGGUUUACUGGAAGUAGUUGGAGUGUAUGGGUCUUUCCACUGUGCUCAAAUCCAGGUGAAACUGGCCAACCCUUUUCGAAUCGGACAAGCACACACAGUGCGGCUGAUUCUGAAGUGUUCAAUGAUGCCGAUGCAGGUAGAUGGGGAGCCAUGGGCCCAGGGACCCUGUACUGUCACCAUAACACAUAAGACACAUGCUUUGAUGCUCUACUUCUCUGGAGAGCAGUCGGAUGAUGACAUCUCCAGUACUUCCGAUCAAGAGGACGGAAAGGAAGCCGAGUAGAAGGAUGAGCUGAAGCAGCAUCUGCUCAAACCAGGAGACACGUGUCGGCCACAGGAAGUACUGUCAGCACUCCCGUCUUCGUUUCCUUCCUAGUAUAGUGGGUGUGUAAAGAGCAUUUCCACAGCUAGACUUGAGUGUCACAAACACAUACUCAUCAGCGAGACACUCUGGUCGUUUAUUACUAACUGAAAAAAACACAGAAAGUUGCACGAAGAUGAAA